AUGGUUUCUACCUUAGAUUUUUUGAAGCAGCACACAGUUGUCGUUGCGGACACUGGGGACUUCGAAAGCAUACAAAAGUAUCUACCGACGGAUGCUACGACCAACCCAUCGCUUAUUUUGGCAGCAUCAAAAAUGCCCAAAUAUUCCAAAAUCAUCGAAGAGGCUGUAAGGAUAGCCAAAUCGAAAUCAGGCUCCUUAAAUGAACAAAUUCAAAUUGCCUCGGAUCUUACAUUUGUCAUGUUUGGGCAAGAAAUAUUGAAGAUUAUCCCUGGGCGGGUUUCGACGGAGGUAGAUGCCCGCCUCUCCUUCGACAAAGAGAAGCAAAUUGAAAAGGCUUUGAAAUUGAUUUCACUUUAUGCUGAGAACGGAAUUCCUAAGGAACGCAUUCUUAUUAAACUUAGCUCCACCUGGGAGGGCAUCCAAGCAGCUAAGGAACUUGAAUCGAAAUAUGGUGUGCAUUGUAACCUCACACUCUUGUUUUCAUUUGCACAGCAGGCUGUUGCAUGUGCGGAAGCUAACGUUACACUAAUAUCGCCCUUUGUUGGUCGUAUUUACGAUUGGUAUAUUGCAAAGAAAGGACAAACAAAGUUUACGCGAUUCGAUGAUCCUGGUGUUGUAUCUGUGACAAAAAUUUACAACUACUACAAGAAAUUCGGUUAUAAUACUGAGGUGAUGGGCGCGUCUUUUCGCAAUGUUGACCAAAUUCUUGGGCUUGUUGGGUCCGAUCUAUUAACAAUUUCUCCAAGUCUCCUUCAGUCCCUAGCUUCGAUGAAGGAAAUCCCUGAUGUCGCUCUUGACGCCAAAUUAGCGGCUUCGCGCUGCGAAUACGAGCAGCCUUUGCAUUUGGACGAAGCGGCCUUCCGUUGGGCAAUGAAUGAGGACGAAAUGGCCAAUGAAAAGCUCUCUGAGGGCAUUCGCAAGUUUGCCGCGGAUUCGCGCACCCUUGAAGAUCUCCUUAGAACUCAUCUAACCGGCUCCGUCUAA